GAACUUUCUCGAGGCUCGAUCUCACCCUCUCCGCAGCCCUGGGGUCCGAGGAGGGUGGCACCUGACUCCGUGCGCUUGGUGCCCCGACGCGCGCCAGCAGCUCUUGGCGGCUAAAUUCCACUUGCCUAUUGGGGUUCGCUCCAACUGCUCAUCCGCCCUUUCUUCAGACCUUCCCGGUUGGGAGAUGCUAGGUAGUAAGCGACUGGGGCUGUCCGGACUCACCCUCGCCCUGUCCCUGCUGGUGUGCCUGGGUGCGCUGGCCGAGGCGUACCCCUCCAAGCCGGACAACCCAGGCGAGGACGCGCCUGCGGAAGACAUGGCCAGAUACUACUCGGCGUUGCGACACUACAUCAACCUCAUCACCCGGCAGAGAUAUGGAAAACGAUCUAGCCCUGAGACGCUGAUUUCAGAUCUCUUGAUGAGAGAAAGCACAGAAAAUGUUCCCAGAACUAGGCUUGAAGACCCUUCUAUGUGGUGAUGGGAAAUGAAACUUACUUUCUGGCCUCUUCCUGUUUUCAAUCCAGAUUUCAUCCUGUAAAGCUAGCGUCUGCCCUUCCUACUAAUGCAUGCAGCCAUUGUGCUGAAUCCUGUAAUGCUUUCCUUUGUCACCAUUGUAUGUAUGUGCGUUUAAAUAAAGCACCAUGCAUUCAAAA